AAUAAAUAAGGCUCCUCUUUUUACUCAUUCAAAUCUUCAUCAUCCUCUCAUCAUUAAGUCUGAGACUUGAUACAAAGUCAGACUAAAAAAAUAAGCCACUCAAGUCAUUUUAAGGACUUUUAAAUUAUUACCAACUCCAGAAAUGCAAACUAUCAGAUCUUUCUUCAUUCGCAAGUGCUCCUCAGACGUGCGCCUGGAUGGGAAGACGGCGAUAGUAACGGGAGCCAACACCGGAAUAGGCAAAGAAACAGCUAAAAACCUGUCCGAAAGAGGAGCCCGGGUGAUUCUGGCAUGCAGGGAUGUAGAAAAAGGAGAGCGGGCUGCCGCUGACAUCAGGAGGGAGGUGGAUGGAGCAAACGCAGUGUUCAGGCAGCUGGAUCUGGCUGACACCAAAUCCAUUUGCCUUUUUGCCGAGAGUAUUUAUAGCACGGAGAAAGCUCUUCACUACCUUGUCAACAAUGCAGGCGUGGCCCUGUGUCCUUAUGCCAAAACAGCUGAUGGAUAUGAGUUGCAGUUUGGUGUCAAUCACUUGGGUCAUUUCUUUUUGACCUUCCUGCUGCUGGACCUGUUGAAGCACUCGGCCCCAUCGCGUGUUGUAAACGUCUCAUCUGCCGCCCACGCCAUGGGCAAGAUCCAGUUCGAUGACUUGAACGGAGACAGAGAUUACCACCCGUUCAGAGCCUACACUCAAAGCAAACUGGCUAAUGUGUUGUUUACCAGAGAGCUGGCCAGGAGGACUGAAGCUCUAGGUGUGUUGACUUUCUCAGUUGACCCUGGGAUUGUCAACACUGAUAUAACAAGAAGCCUUUGGCGCCCUCUUGUGGACAUCAUAAAGACCUUCAGUUUUCUGACCAGGACCCCAGCAGAGGGAGCCUCCACCAGCAUCUACUGCAUCGUCACUCCUGAGAACCAGAUGAUAUCUGGUGGAUACUACAGGGACUGUGCCAGUGCGAAGAGCUGCAGAGCAGGCGAGGAUGAUGGCACCGCCCUGAAGCUGUGGGCCGUGAGCUGCCGCAUGCUUGGCAUCCGCUGGAAAUAAACCACUCUCCCAUAUGCUCAGAUAUACUGUCAGUCACACCCUUUUGACACAAUAUUUGUGGUUUCUAAGUAACACACAAAAAAUUUGUGGGAUUGAAAAUGAUUGUUUUGAUAAAUGUGUAACAGAAUUACUGUACAGUAGGGAGGCUGAGACCAUAACAGCAGACUGCAUUAAACGUAUUACAAACCAUU